AUGACAACAAUACGUAGUGGACCUUCCGACCUUCACAGUGAACCCUCCGACCUCACAGUGCAGCACAGUGAACCCUCCGACCUCACAGUGCAGCACAGUGAACCCUCCGACCUCACAGUGCAGCACAGUGAACCCUCCGACCUCACAGUGCAGCACAGUGAACCCUCCGACCUCACAGUGCAGCACAGUGAACCCUCCGACCUCACAGUGCAGCACAGUGAACCCUCCGACCUCACAGUGCAGCACAGUGAACCCUCCGACCUCACAGUGCAGCACAGUGAACCCUCCGACCUUCACAGUGAACCCUCCGACCUUCACAGUGAACCCUCCGACCUCACAGUGCAGCACAGUGAACCCUCCGACCUCACAGUGCAGCACAGUGAACCCUCCGACCUCACAGUGCAGCACAGUGAACCCUCCGACCUUCACAGUGAACCCUCCGACCUUCACAGUGAACCCUCCGACCUCACAGUGCAGCACAGUGAACCCUCCGACCUCACAGUGCAGCACAGUGAACCCUCCGACCUCACAGUGCAGCACAGUGAACCAUCCGACCUCACAGUGCAGCACAGUGAACCCUCCGACCUCACAGUGCAGCACAGUGAACCCUCCGACCUCACAGUGAACCCUUCGACCUCACAGUGA